AUAUUUUCAAAAAUGACGCUUUCGGAUGUCUUACCUGUCACAUGUGACUAUGGAACUUUCAAAAUAUGUUGAACGGUUUCUGUUUCAAAGCAUAUAGUCCAAAUACAGUUUGACUAUAUAAAACAAAAAAAUAGUUUUUGAAAAAAAAAAUCAAAGACUGAAAUUUUGGGAAUUUUCGUCUACGGUUUUUUUCCACUUUAUACAAUAAAUUAUUUGAAUAAAUUAAAAUAUAAUGGAUAAUUUAAAUGGAUCAAUUGAAAAUACAACAAUAAAUUUUACAGAUGAUAUUGAUUUACCUGGUCUACGUGUACCUGAUAUGAAACGUAUUAAAAAUGCACGUAAAGAACGUGCAAAUCAAUUAAAAGAAUGGCAAAUUUAUGACAAAAAAAUGCAAAAAGAAUCAGAAAAAUUACAAAAAAAAGGAUUGUCUCCAUUAAAUGAUAGAAGACAUUAUAAUUCUAAUAGAGUUGUAAAAUUUCCUCAAAGUUUAAUAUUUUUAGAAGCUGCUGCACGAGGAGAUCUAGAUGAAGUUCGUGAAUUACUUAGCAGUGGAGUCUGUCCAGAUGUAGCCAACGAGGAUGGAUUAACAGCAUUACAUCAGUGUUGUAUUGAUAACAAUUUGGAAAUGUGUCGGUUACUUCUUCGAUAUGGAGCAAAUCCUAAUUCUCGUGACACAGAACUGUGGACUCCAUUACAUGCGUCAGCUACAUGUCAUCAUACAGAGAUGUGUAAAAUUCUAAUUGAUCACGGUGCAGAUCUACUAGCUAUGAAUGUUGAUGGUAAUAUGCCUUAUGAAUGUUGUAUGCCUGGACCAACACUGAAUUUAGUAGAAACCGAAAUGGAUAAAAGAGGCAUAACACAAGAAGAAAUAGACGAUUGGCAUCGGGUGCCAGAAUGUGAAAUGCUUGCAGAUAUGGAAGCCUUAUACAAAGCUGGUGCAGACCUUGAUCGACUAGAUGCACAAGGAGCAUCUAUGUUACACAUCGCAGCUGCUAGUGGCUUUGAAGAAGUUGUUUUAUUUUUGUUAAAACGAGGAGCAAAAAUUGAUCUUCUUGAUAAAGAUGGUUGGCAAGCAAUACAUAUUGCAGCUUGUUGGUGUCAAUUAGAAAUUGUUGAAUUACUUGUAAAUUUCGGUGCAGAUAUACUAGCUGAAACUAAAAAUGGUGAAACAGUAUUUGAUAUAUGUGAAGAUAUUGAAAUGCAUACACGUCUAAUUGAAAUUAAACAAGAAGUAGAAAGAAAAAAAUCUCAACAACAAGAUUUACUUAAUAAACCUGGUAAACCCCGUGAAUUAGUACGUCGACGUAGUAGUACAAAUCCAAGAAGUGCAUCUAUUCGUCGAACAAGUAUGAGAGAGAAAAAAAUGAUCUCUUGGAAAGAAGCUAAACAAGAGGCUGAAAUGCGUGGUGUAGCUACAGCAUCAUCAGAUGAAAAGAAUACAUCAAAACCUUUAUGUCCUAUACCCAAUGGAUCUACAGAUCAUAUUCUUCAAAAAUCUACAACCUAUCCAGAAUCCCAUGAACUUACUAGUCCCAAAACCAUUCGUGGUUCCACACGUAGUUCACAUCCCGGUCAUUCCUCAAAAUCUUCAAUCCCACCAACAUCGUCUCCAAUUUUAGCUGGUGUAGUAACGCAUCAUGGUAGCUCUUGGUCAGGCAAAGUACAACAAAACGACACUGUUACUGAAGUUAACGGUCCUACUCCAUCACCUAAUCUUCGUAAUUCAUCCAGAAUAAAAGAUAAAGAGGUCAACCUAUCCAAGCGCAACAACCCACAGUCUACACUAAAUAACGACUCUGGUCCAAUAGGUGUUGUCAGUCCAUCUCCUGUUGCACCUCAUCGUACAGGUCAUGAUAAAGAAAGAAUUGUCAGAGUUCCUUCGGGUCCUGUACAAAAUCCUGAAAAUGUCGGCACAUUGACACGACGACCUCAACAGACAGAAUACGGAAGUAAAUCUCCACCAAUCAGCUCACCCGACCUAUCAUCUCAACAUCAUACUCUAAGUCCUCAACUACGUCAGUCAAAAAGUCGAACAAUAUCUGGCGUUGAAGGGUUAGCUAAUCCAGAUCAGUCUGGCACUCACCUUAGGGCUCGAGUAAGUAGCCAUGAUAAUGCAUACGCAUCUUCUCUUCCUCGACGCGAUAACAAUAACCAGACGACUGAUUUAAACAAUCAACCGGUUCGUGGAGAAAGACGUUCCUCCACAAGGAAGAAAAAACCAAUAUUAUCAGAGCAAAAGCCAUCAAGAAAUGACAAUAGAGAAACUGAUAUUUCAGUACAUAAUGCAUAUUGUGCACUGCCGUCUAAUAAUCCGUUUCAAAACAAUCAACUUCGUAAUGAAGAAAAUCAUCCUGACAGCCAAAAUAUUAUUCUACGUUCUCCAAACAUCAAUCGCAAUGAUGUUAAACAAACAACUAGAAGUAGAAUUACUUCAGGUCAACAAAGUGGUUCAGGACAAGUUGUACAUGCUACAGCAUCUCUACCAAGAAGGGAGUUAAUCAAUUAUGGAGAUGAUUUAGGCUCCAGACCGAGUGGUAAAUGUUGUGUAAUAAUGUGAUCAAACAAUACUUAAUCAUAACCAUUCUUUCCAUUUUAAAUCUAUUAUACAUUGUCUAUUUUACAAUCACGAACCUUUCCAUAUAUACAUAUGUAAUCCUGUAACAACAAAAAAAUCAGAAUUCGCUAACUCAGUGAUAUAUGCAAACAAAGCGUCUGACCUAUCUCAUAUUAUCAUAAUCUUACUGAAACCAUCAAAAUAUUGUACAUAUCUAUUCAAACUCCAUUUUUUCUCCUCUUUGUUUUUGCUUGAUUCUCUUUUUACCAGUUUUUUUUCUUUAUCUAUACAGUUACCAAUUGAAUGAAAUAAAAAAACAAACAGUAAACAGAUUACUUCAUCACGUCCAAGUUUGAUGUUUUCACAGUCUUAACUUACCAAAUCAAAAUAGUAUUUUCUAAGUUAAAUGAUUUUAAUUUUGUUCAUGAAUUUAUUUAUUUAUUUUCAGUCACUUUUUUUCAAAAAUUAGAAAAUGAAAAAAACAUUACUGUGUUUACUGAAUUCAACAAAAUGUCAUGUCCAUGUAUUUAUAUGUAUGAAUGACUGAUUUUGGCCACAAUACCCUUUUAUAUAUGGUUGUUUAGUGAUAUCCAGAGUAUUAUCUGAUAAAAUUUUAUGUAAUGUAUAAGAAAAGCAACAAAUUGAUUAGGUUAUCUAUUUGUUUGUUUGUUCUUUUCUAAGUCUGAUAAACUUAUUUUUAUUUUCUCGUACUUGGAACACUGUCUACCUUUAAACAUCAUAGCAUAUUUGCUUCAUUGUCUUUUUCUACUUCCACGAAUACGACUAUACUUCAUAAUAGCUAAUAAACAUUGAAUUAUUAAGAUGAGAUAUUAUAUUCAGUAAUUAUUAAGUACGUAUAUAAAAGUCGACUAGAUCUAAGUAUUUUGGAGUGUAAUAAUCGACAAUAUAAAAGAAAAUAUUGCCACAGAAAGACAUAUAUUAGUUAACUGAUAUCCCCUUGCCUUUAGCCGAAGGCAAAACAACUCGUCAAUUCGCUAUACACAAUUACAAUUAAUUGUCUUUGGAAGAAGAAUUAAUUAUGUACAUUCUGAUUAACUAGUGUCUUACUUUAUCUGCUGCGUCAAUAUUGGGGUUUAUUGAUGGUUGUGUUUUUUUGCCGACAAGCAAAUGGACAAUUUUCAAUAAAUUUUAACUUGAUCACAAAGCACAGUUAAGUCAUUUUACAGUAAUUCACUGACUAUUUGACAAUAGAACAAUAAAUUCCACAUAUAGUAGUUCUCACAAAAACAAAAGACUUAAACUGGAAUUGUCAAAUAUCUCGAUAAAAUUGUUACUUUAAUUCUACAUCAGUAGUUUCCAUAUAUUAGCUUUUCUUAAUCAUCCAGAUCAAAAUACGUCUUAAUAUAAUUUAUAUAUAGUGAAAUUAAUACUUUUCAUCACAAGUACAACAAUUGACUGAAUAAAUGAGAAUACGUAAAUCUGAAAAUAGAAGUGAUAGUUUUUUUUUCUUGAAUAACCAUUAAAACUGUAACUUUAAACUUUGAAUUCGUUAUACUAAAACCAUAUAUAUACAUGAAAUCAAUCAAUGAAUCCUAUUUUACUCACGAUGCCUGCUUAUAUAUCUGGGCUACCUGUUCCAGACAUCCCAACACGUUAUCUGUCUUUGUUUGUUUUGAUACAUCAUUAUAUCAAUUAACUGUAUAACAGUAUUGACUAUGGUUAUUGACUAAGUGAAGCUACUCAAUGUUUUUAUUGGGCAUUAAGGAAAAGGUGUUUCAGAUUAUAGUGACUUUGAAGGUUCUUUUAAGAUUUGAUGAUGUACCAUCCUAUUAAUUAUCGAUGUACCAUUCAUGUUGAUUAGUCUUCAACAUAAAUAUUUACAAUUAUGAGGAAAUAAUAUUUGUUAAACAGGAGGCUAGCCCAUAUUAAAAAGUCCAAUUGUAAUAACACAAGAUGAUGGGAAUUUCAAUCUUACGAAAUGAUCAAUUGUUUCGAAAUGCUUUGUAGCGAUUGGAUCAUAGUACCACAACAUUUUCUUGAUGGCCUUCUUGAAUAUCUGAGCUACCUGUUCCUCCCAUUUAAACAUUCCAACAAGUUAUCUGUUUCUUUAAUUUGUUUUAAAGCAUUUCUAUGUCUAUUAAUCGCAAAACCUAUUCAGGUACGUUUAUGAAAAGUUUACAACCUAUCACCGUACAAGUUACAAAAAAGUACAACCAGAGUCAUCGUAGUGACUGGCAAGAUGCAUUGAGAAAAAAUGAAUACUAUUCAGAUGUCGAUCCCCUUAACUUCUAACAUCUAACUGACGAUCACUCAAUAUUUACCGUAAGGAUCAAUUAAAAAAUAAGAAAAAAGGGUUUGUUGAAAUACUUUGUGUUGAGACUUCUAUAUUGUACCAAAAAUAUAAUAUAGAAUAAAGCCAAUUGUAAUAAUAAUGAUAAUAAUAAUACAUUAACUUAUUAUUAUUUAUAUUUUAAAAGCUAUAAAUGGAGAUCAAUGACUUAACCAAAAAUAAGUAUCACUUGUUGACAGAAUAAAAACUGUGGACCUAAUAAAUAUUGUUUU